UGUUCUGCACAAAGAGUGUUUCCACUUUCCAGCAUUCUGAUGUACAUGGUCACACACCAGCAGUUCCUCUGUAGCAGGGUGAAUGGUCCCAGCAGUCAGCAGGACGCACGAGUCGCGCGUUCACGCUUCCAGAGUUUUCACUGCUCGUCCUGCGCUUCUGUGGCAAGUCUGAUCGAGAUCGUGCUUUGUUGUGGCGUGUGUUUGUGUGUGUGUGUGUGUGUGUGUGUGUGUGUGUGCGUGUGUGAGUUAAAGGUGAAGUGACUUUACGCACCAGCUCUUCUCCAUCCAAAGCGUCUCCACUGGAUUACUUGGAGGUGAAAAGGCUGCCAUGGCAGAUGAGAGCCCUCGGGAUUUCUUUCCAGAGAUGAGGGAGAUGGAAAACAAGGUCGGGAGGAGAACACCGGAGAGUCUUCUGAUGUGGAUGAGGGAGGCAGCGGACUGUGGAGACGGCUGCAGGUGUGAUGAGGAGGACAAGGGAGACCACAGCUCUGCCUUCAGUGGAAGCUUCUCUGACAGGAUCAGCUGUUUGAAACAAGAGAUGAAAAGGCUACGCUCUGCGGAUGUGAGGAUUCUGCGGCAGCUGCUGGCCGUGCACGAGGGUAUCGAGGCCAUGCGGUGGCUGAUGGAGGAGCGGGGAUCCCUGGUCAGUGGCGGCGGCAGCUUGACAGGAAGCCUGAGCAGCCUGGUCACUAUAGAGGAGCACGGGCCGUCUGGGACGCCCUGCAGGGAGAGCCAGAGUCCGACCUUCCCUAAAGAUUUGACGGAAACAACAGGCGAGGACUCCGCAGGACAUCGAUCACUACAUGAUGAUGGUGAUUCAUUCCACAAGAGCUACUUGCAUGUUCAGAGCCCCGAGUCUGGAGGAGGGAGAUCUCCAAGUCCUUCCAACUUUGAGUUUGAACCCAACCCUGCCAACGGUUUGGUCAGUGCCAGUUUACAAAAGUCACAAACACAGGAGGUGGAUGCAGGUCAAUACUCCACAGCUGAAGCUGGUACCAUCAAGAGAGCUCUGCUCAGAUCUAGAAAGGCAAGAAAAGAAGUGAAAGCAGAUAUUAGUGGUUUUACCCAAGAGUCCGAGGACAUUCCGACAGAGCGCAGUCCGCCUCAGGAGAGCUUUAGAGCCUUUCAGAAUGAAGUGAUGGAGGAGCAAGAGAGUGCAUCACCUGCAGAGACUGUCCUGCUGGGGUAUGACGCUCAGUGGUGCUGGGUGGAGUCGCAGGAUGAUGUGACGUUUUUAUGAUUAUCUGUAGAUGAAGCUGUUGCACCUCAACAGAUACUGUAGCUGCCAGUUAAUGCAGUGGGACUUAAAAUGCAUGGUGACACUCAGUGUGCCUUGAUAAAACAUGAGGCAUUCACUAAAAUAUAAAUAGUGCAAACUCUGUCAUUGAUAUUUUUCAAAUGUAAUCUGUUUAAUUGAAUUUUUGCUGCAUACAUGUGUAUUUUAUGAGUGAAAAAGCUAAAACAUAUUAAAUAUGCAAUGGCAGUCUUGGAUAUGAAUGAUAAAAACUUGGCUGAUGAAUGUUAUAUACUCUUGGGGAUUUGAAAAAGGGUCAUUUUAGAACGUACAUGGAGAAUAUCCCUUGUUAUAUCCUUUGUAUAUUCUCCAUCUUGUACUAUGUUCUAAAACGAUUCAGUUUGAGUUUUUAUUAUGACAAAAAUUUUAAUAGUGAAGAGUUCUGGCUUAAAUUGUUAAGUAAUGAUGAGUCUAAUAUAUACAUUUUGGUAAUAAAUAAGACAGACAUGUUGUCAUGAAGGUUCCUCUUUAUUUCUCAACCCAAACAGAAGAGAAUUGUG